AUGAGUCGUAAGGUGACAGCUUAUGGUUUUCUAUAUGUUGCACCACCAAACAUCGACUUUUCUCAGCCAUCACAUUCUGCAAAGAGAUGGCAACGACGAUGUUUUACAUUAUAUGAAGAUGGUGAACUAAGUUAUGCGCUGGAUGAUGAUCCGGAAACAGUUCCACAGGUUAAAAUGGAUAUGAAUCUGUGCAUACGGGUUUGUGAAGCAGAUGUAAUAACGGGUCAUUCGCAUAGUAUUCUAGUAGCAUUCCGAAAUGAUUCCUCAAAUUCCGGUAUUACUGGUACUUGUGAUAAUAUCGAAAAGGAUGCCACAACUACUAAUAAGCAUGUGCCAAUUUGUUAUAUGAAAGCUGAUACAACCGAUGAGAUACGAUGGUGGCAAAGCUUACUUCAAAAAUAUGCGAAACGUAGUAUUUAUCGUAUGACUGCGACACCAAUGCGUAUGCUUGAUGAUGAACAACAACGGAUAUCGGAUGAAAUUGUUGAUACAGAAGAAAUGAUGGAAACUUGCGGACCAACAAUUAUUCAGGUGAAUGAUUCACUCUCUCGUCCAGCGAGUACUUCAUCAACACGAUCAAAUUAUGAGGUACAGCAGCAACCAAUAUCACAAUUGGAUCCGUUGUCAAGCGUGGUAACACGGGUAGGCUUGGGCACUCGUUCGAGCUCUGUUGAUGCACAUCACGGGACACCACGAGCUGUAAAAUAUCGAAAUAAAGUUAAUAAAGAGGAACCAUCACGGAAAUCAACAAAUGAUGGAAUUACGAAUACUGCAGGAACACCUCCAGAAACACCACCACCACUUCCAGAAUCACCAUGUCCUCCGUUAUCUUCUCGAAAGACACCACUUUCUACUCCGUUUUCGAUUGAUACAUCUAGUGCACAUACACUUAGGAAAGGCUGGUUGAUGCUACGGGGUAAAGGUGCUUCUGAAUGGACAAAACAUUGGGUGGUAUUGGCUGGGCUUUCACUCAAAUUGUAUAAAGAUGUCUGGGCUGAAGAUUCUGCUGAACCGUUGCUUUCCGUAGACCUCAAUGAAUGUGAAAAUGUUUAUCCAUCAGCUUCUGCUAAAAAUUAUGGCAUUGAAAUCAAAUGUCGGCGAACUCGCUAUGUGCUUUCGGCAAUGACACCUGGAAUAAGGGACAGUUGGAUUUCAGCUCUGCAACAAAAUUUACACAAUCCUUCGCCUACUUAUGCUGAACCUUGUGCAAGUGAUGCUGCAAGUUUACCUGAAAGUGAUCUGGCCUCGUUAUUACCGCGCAAAAAACAUAUUGCUUACGUGGCACCUGAAUCUCAUCACUCAAAUUCAAUGAUGGAUGACGAAUCAUGUACUGAAGAUGAAUUGAAUUCUCUUGAUCGACCGUUCAGAACUCAACAAAGAAGUCUCUCCGAAAGAUCAUUCGAAUCGUCAGACGACGAUAACGAAGUUGACAAUGACCGGCGACAUUCCCCUCAGCAACAUCAUAGUGGUCGCGAUCAAAGCUUAUCACCAACUUUCCGUCGUUCGCCGGUGUCACGUAUCAAAGAUAAAUCAACCAAUCGACAACAAAAUGGUGCGAUAAGGAAUGGUUCUAGUUCAUCGCUUUCAUCUGUUAUACCUCCAACUGUGCAAUCGCAAAGAUAUAAUUCAUCGAGGUCAAUAUCACGAGAACAGAGUGCAUCUCUGCAGGAGAUGAGAUUACGAACACUCGAAUCACAGGUGGAAAAUCUCCGUGAUCAGCUACAAGAUACAACAUCAAGACUUGGUGAAACAAGAAGUGAAAACGAGCGUUUACGAUGUCUUUUUUUGAGUAGCGACUCACAAGGCCUUUCGCAAUUACGACGUAGUCUUACGGCGGCUGAAGAAGACGUAAUCCGAAAACGUGAAGAAAUGGAAACAUUGCGGAGGCAGCUUGCUACACCAACUCGAGAAACUGAUCCACAAUGUGAAAUUAGGUAUAAACAAGUCGUUGAGCAGUUUACAAAUCUGCUCAAAGUUCAAGUUGGUGCUUUAUCACGUUUUGUGCAUUCCCAAGCAGGUAGUAUUGAAUACGCCGAACUGCGACAAUCCGUCGAUCAGCUAAUUCGAAGAGUAGCUGGCUUAGAUGAAAUUACUCAAAUGGAUAGUAAAAUGAAUCUCAUUGAGGAAAUGUUGAAUAAUGUAUCUGAAGCUUACGAAAAGGUAAGUAAAGUACUGAUAAGAACACAAUGCGAGGCACAAGGAAAAGAUGUUCAUGCGGAACGUCCGUCAUCAGAAGAUAUUGCUGAUGAAGUGCGGGAUUUGGAAAAUGAACUGGAGGAACUUCAGGCUGCUCAUGCUGAAGAAAUGGAAUCUAUGCAAUCCAAGUUUGAGUAUCAGUUAAAAUUACUUCGAGAACGCCUGCAGCAUGAAGAACAUCGGCGGAAAAAAGCACAGGAGGAGUUGCAGACAUUGAAUUCUUUAAAUGAUCAUUCGUUGUCCACAAUGAAGAAAACGCAUGAGGAAAUGUUGGCGGAACAAAGACGACAAUACGAGGAGCAAAUUGCUGCGCUUCAUGAAGAACAUGCAGCGGAAUUGCAAGAAGAAAAGAAAGCCACCAGAAUGGCAUUGGAUGCAGUACAGCGAGCGCAUGAUGCUGAAUUGAGAAAUAUUAAUGAAAAAGUUCGCAAUAUUGGUAGUAAUAAUAUAAUCUCGACCCAAGCAAACAUCUCUGCGGAAUCAAGGACCGAUAUGCAGUCUACAAGACAGAGUAAAAUGUUGGAACAAAUGAGUGCUGAAUUAGCUCAAUUGUCGGCGUUGUACUCGGCAAAAUGUCUCGAGAAUUCUCAGCUCGAUGAGAAGAUGUCUUUAUUGCUGGCCGACAAAGAAAACCAGUCAUCUUUGAAUGAUGUAGAAACCCAAAAUCGACGUUUGCAUCGUGAAUUGAGGCAAAAAGACACGAUAAUUGAAGAGCUAAGGAAGACGGUGGCAUUUCUGCAGCACCGGUCUGUUGAUUUGACCGGUGAAGAACUUCCAAUUAAAUAUGAGGAACGCGCAGACGACGUACCGCUAUUGCUAGAGGAAUCGAUGACAUCCCAAGUAGCUCAAACUCAUUCCCCAACUCUCCAACAACAGCAGAUAGCCCUCAGCUUUCCAACACUCAACAACAGCAACAACAUAGCAACACAACCAGCAGCUGUCGUUUCAUCGAUUUGGCGUCUACCAUCCGGUCAAGGAGUCAAAUUUCGAAAAAAUCGUCAAGUGACACCAAAAAUGACUUCAAGACGUAAUGACGUUAGAUUCCAUAGCAAUCCAGCGAUACCGGUGAGUGAAAUAACAAGUGAUUAUCCGGCUAGUGAGUUACGACGUUCGAUGAUUAUUCCAGUUAGCGAGCGCCGGAAAUUCUUUGAAACGAUCGCUGAAUACAGUCAUCCUUUCUAA